AUGUGUGCUCUCAGAGAUCAACGCAUCCCGAAGGGUAAUGGCGAUCAGUGUCUUUUAUACCAAUACACAACCAGCGUUUACAAUAAUGUGGACUAUCUGGCGUUCAAAGGUACAAAUGCCGCUAAGGUGUUUAUUCCACACCCCGUUCCGAUGUUAUACACAUUUGAAAUGAGCAUUUACGAUACGGACCUAAUACCAACCUCACAAAGUAUUGGACAUUUCAUCGCCGAGGGAAUUCGUCUGACGAACAAAGGUUUCCCGACCACAGUUUUUAUGCGGCGGAAGAAUACAGAUUAUUCAAACAUUCAUUUAAAAAUUUCCGACGCGUUCCAUUUGUUACCAAAGUACCUUCUACAAUUGGCAUCUGUAGGCUACACAGGAGAAUUGUGUGAUAAAGAAGACUCUUGUCUGUAUGAACCGUGUGCUGAGCAUGCAACAUGUGUCAACCGAGUCGACGGUCAAGGUCGAAUUUGUCAGUGCAACGGGGGUGAAGGGCCAGAAUGUUAUCCCGGCUAUGACCCAUGCAGCUCUGUUCCCUGUCAGAAUGACGGCGAAUGUCGUCGUUUCGGUCAGUACAAUGAGAGUUUCGAAUGCAUUUGUGCCGGUCUGUGGACAGGGCAUCGUUGUGCAGAACGACGACUGGCUUGCGCAGAAGAAUUGGAACGUUUAAAACUAGAGGCAGCCGAUAAUUCAACCGAGAUUACAGUGUGCUUGAACGGUGGCAAGUGUUUGGAGUACACGGAUCAGCUGGCGUUUCGUUGUGACUGUGAGGAUGGUUGGACGGGAACGCGAUGUGAACAACCGCAAACAGAGAAUAGAACGGGUGGAAUUCUGAUGACGAUACUGAUCAUUCUCAUCGGUGCAUCAUUGCUGAUCCUGACCAUCGUGCUGAUUGCCAUAUUCAUUUGGCGAUAUCGAACCUCAAAACGUCGCACCAAACUGAUGGAGAAACACGGUGGGAUUGUUUAUUUCCACGCAAAUCCUUCCUCUGCCGGAACAAUGAAUAGCCUAAUGGGUGGUCCCGGGCAGUUUAUCAAUCAGAUCUACGGUAGCAGACCAGACUCACAAACAGUGUUUGUUGCUACGCCCAGUUUUACCAGCAAGAGAAGUGCACAUGAUGUGUACGAUGAGUGCGAUCCCCUGGGAUUGGCCAGCAAAAAUAAUGUGUACGGCACGGCGUUCGGUUCGGAUAUACCGUCUUCUCCCGACGGUCACCUGACACUCACAACCCGGUCAAGUUUACGUUCCGCCAGCCCAACGGAAGAGGCACCACCAUUACCGGAACGUCCGGAAAACUUAAGUUCUGUUCUAUCCAGACAAGGAUCACUAUGUUUCACAGAGUCCGGAAGAGACAGUGGCACCGUGUACUCGGUGGACGGUUCCACGAUACAUCUGGUCCAAAAUCCCGGGGAACGUAAACAGCCGACAGUUUAUCGACCGAUAAGUCCAGUCGGAUACUUUCCGUCAACAUUUGCCCCCAGAUCGCCACCGGCUAAUGUAUAA